GCACAUUAUUAUGGUAAACAAGUUACCUAAAACCACCAAUGAUCUUUGAAUCCCACUUUAACAAAUUUGCCUAUAAAAAGCAACCGCCACUUACAUCUUCUUUCACCCUUAAAUCAUCAUCUCUACAUCAAAGUACACAAACCGAAUUAAACCAAACUAAACCGGUCUGAUCAUUGUUCUCUGUCCCUCUCUGCUAGCUCUGUCUCCAUCUCCGUUUUUCGCAGAAUCAAUAAACCAAAAAAAAAUGGCGACCAAGAACGAGAAGAAGAUGACCAAGAGUUACUUUGAUGUUCUUGGAAUCUGCUGUACAUCUGAGGUUCCUCUGAUUGAGAAUAUUCUCAAUUCUCUCGACGGUGUCAAGGAAUAUUCCGUCAUCGUGCCGUCAAGAACCGUCAUCGUCGUCCAUGAUAGCCUUAUCAUCUCCCAGUUCAACAUUGUAAAGGCACUUAACCAAGCGAGGUUAGAAGCAAAUGUGAGGGUAACCGGAGAAACCAAUUUUAAAAAUAAAUGGCCAAGUCCAUUCGCGGUGGUUUCCGGCGUACUUCUCCUCCUUUCAUUCUUCAAAUAUGUUUACUCUCCGUUCCGUUGGCUUGCCGUCGCAGCCGUCGUCGCCGGAAUAUAUCCAAUACUAGCUAAAUCUGUAGCAUCCAUUGCAAGGGCUAGAAUCGACAUCAACAUUCUUGUUGUAAUAACCGUGGGAGCAACACUCGGUAUGAGAGAUUACACAGAAGCUGCAGCAGUUGUCUUCUUAUUCACAAUCGCUGAAUGGCUCCAAUCUAGGGCUAGCUAUAAGGCAAGUGCAGUGAUGCAGUCGCUGAUGAGUUUAGCUCCACAGAAGGCAGUGAUAGCAGAGACUGGAGAAGAAGUUGAAGUUGAUGAGCUCAAAAUCAACACUGUUAUAGCUGUCAAAGCUGGUGAAACCAUAUCUAUUGAUGGAGUUGUUGUGGAUGGAAACUGUGAGGUUGAUGAGAAAACCUUGACAGGAGAAGCAUUCCCUGUGCCUAAGCUGAGGGAUUCAACUGUUUGGGCUGGAACCAUCAAUCUAAAUGGUUACAUAACUGUGAAAACUACUGCUCUAGCUGAGGAUUGUGUGGUUGCUAAGAUGGCUAAGCUAGUGGAAGAAGCUCAGAACAGCAAAACAGAAACUCAGAGAUUUAUAGAUGAAUGUUCUAAGUACUAUACUCCAGCGAUCAUCCUCAUAUCGCUCUGUUUUGUGGUUAUCCCAUUCGCAUUAAAGGUUCACAACAUGAAACAUUGGCUGCACUUGGCCCUAGUUGUGCUAGUAAGUGCUUGUCCUUGUGGCCUUAUUCUCUCAACACCGGUAGCUACUUUCUGUGCGCUCACUAAAGCAGCCACAUCAGGACUUUUGAUCAAAGGAGCUGAUUAUCUUGAGACCUUAGCCAAGAUUAAAACCGUUGCUUUUGACAAAACUGGGACCAUCACUAGAGGCGAGUUCAUCGUCAUGGAUUUCAAGUCACUCUCCAGAGAUAUAAGCCUGCACAGCUUGCUUUACUGGGUAUCAAGCGUGGAGAGCAAGUCAAGCCAUCCAAUGGCUGCUGCACUUGUGGACUAUGCAAAAUCUAUUUCUGUUGAACCUAAGCCUGAAGCUGUUGAAGACUACCAAAACUUUCCAGGAGAAGGCAUUCACGGCAAGAUAGGUGGCAAAGAAGUAUACAUUGGGAACAAAAGGAUUGCUUCCAGAGCUGGGUGUUCAUCAGUUCCAGAUAUAGAUGUUGAUACUAAAGGAGGAAAGACUGUUGGAUACGUCUAUCUUGGAGAGACACUAGCCGGAGUUUUCAACCUCUCGGAUGCUUGUAGAUCAGGUGUAGCUCAAGCGAUGAAAGAACUCAAAUCUAUGGGAAUCAAAACUGCAAUGUUAACCGGAGAUAACCAAGCUUCAGCAAUGCAUGCUCAAGAACAGCUAGGAAACGUUAUGGACGUUGUUCAUGCGGAGCUUCUCCCUGAAGGCAAGUCCCAAAUCAUCAAAGAGUUUAAGAGAGAAGGUCCAACGGCUAUGGUGGGAGACGGUUUGAAUGAUGCGCCUGCUUUGGCUACAGCUGAUAUUGGCAUCUCGAUGGGCGUGUCCGGCUCUGCGCUUGCUACAGAGACCGGUCAUAUAAUCUUGAUGUCUAAUGACAUAAGGAGGAUACCGCAAGCGAUAAGGCUUGCACGUAGGGGUAAAAGGAAAGUGGUGGAGAAUGUGGUUUUGUCUAUUACUAUGAAAGGAGCGAUUCUUGCUUUGGCCUUUGCUGGUCACCCUUUGAUUUGGGCGGCUGUGCUUGCGGAUGUGGGGACUUGUUUGCUUGUGAUCCUUAAUAGCAUGUUGUUGCUUCGGGAUGUGCACGUUCCUGGAGGGAAAUGUCAUAGGGCGGAGAAAGGUGCAUGUGAUGUUGUUGGAGACAUGGAAGCUGGUUUGUUACCGAAGCAUUGCAAGUCAGGCUGUUGUGGGAAGAAGAAUCAACAGGAAGUGAUGAAACUAGAUAAAACAAGUGAGGGACAUGGUCACUCUGGUUGCUGUGACAAGAAACGGGAAGAUAAGGUGAUGAUUGUGAGAAAGAGAUGUGAAUCAAGGUGUUGUGGCGACAAGAUUCAGCAACGAGACCAAGACGAGGUGAAACAAAGCUGUCACAACAAGGCUGGUGACACGGAGGAGAUAAGGUUGGACAUCUCGGUGAAAGGUUGUUGCUCAAGGCCUGUUGCUGAUCCCGUGGUAGCUAGCGAUGGGCAUCGUGAGUCGAGCUGCUGUGAAAGUUCAAGGAAAGGUAAUAACGAAGAGGCAUGUUGUGAGGUGGAAACGAAUGAGUCUAACUGUAGCAGCAGAGAGAAGCACCAUAGUCACUGUCACAGUCACCACCAUGAGUGAAAGAGAUUGUGAUUGAACAGCUCUAGCUUCUCGCUCACAUUUGCAAGCUUUUCGUAUUGCAAAUCAUCAGCAAGAAUGAUUGUAUUAUUGAUAGAGUAACCAACAAGAAAAAUGUGGAUGAAUCCUUUUCGCUUACCUUAUCAAAAUCUUCUUCUGUUUUUUUUUUUUUUGAUAAGUAAAAAAUAGUCUUUUGUUA